AUGGGUUUCUUCUCAAAGACAAAACCAGAAAUGGCCCGCGAGACCCCCAAGUCAGGCUCGAGCGACGGCGCCAACAGCAACGCCUCGGAGAGCGGGGCAGCAGCAUCGACAUCGGCGGAGCCGCAGCGCCCGGGCACCUCGGGGACCGAGAUGCUCCUCGUCAACAACCGGCGGCGCGCCUCGGUGCGCCUGCGCGACGCGCAGCGCAAGGAGCGCGCCUACAAGACCAAGAAGCGCAGCUCGCAGGCCCGCGCCAACUGGACGCAGGCCAAGCAGCACUUCCGCGAGGGCCUCAGCCACAACAUGAACGGCGCGCGCCUGACGUGGCGCGUCGUCUCCUCCGUGGGGUACCUCUUCCGCGCCAAGAACGACAAGCUCAAGGCCGAGGCCGAGGAGAAGAGGAAGAUGAGGGCCGCGGACAAGCAGCGGAGGCUGGAGGAGAAGCUCAGGCGGGAGAAGGAGCUCGCUGAGAAGGGCGAGGGCGCUGAGGGCGCCGAGGGUGAGGGCGAGGGCGCCGCGAAGAAGGAGGGUGAGGGCGAGGAGGCUGCUGCGGCGUAG